CCAGGUGGCCUUGACUUGUCUGAAGGCAUCUGGGUUGGGAGGUUGAUGCAGGAAUGGCCUUGCCUGCCUCAAACCCACCCUGUGGCGCCUUCCCCCCCCUCCCGCUCCGCUCCCGAGGGGGUUAAAUGGGAAGGCAGGAGAGGAUGACUGAGCAGAAGAGAGAGAGGAGCGGUGGCAAGGCGCAGCUGAUCCCCCGGAGGUGGGAGGGAAGGAGAGAGGCUCUGCGGGGACAGAGUCGUGUUUUACCAUCAUCGCGCAUGUGAGUGUCGCCUCCGGAGUGUGCCUUAACCCACCGGGUCACCCGUCGGCGGCUGGUCCUCACCGGCACGGAAUAAGUACUCGGCUCCCGGCAGUGUCGCCGUCAUGGGGAAGGACUAUUACAAGAUUUUAGGCAUCCAGUCUGGUGCAAACGAGGAUGAAAUCAAGAAAGCCUAUCGGAAAAUGGCCCUGAAGUAUCACCCCGAUAAGAAUAAAGACCCCAACGCUGAGGAGAAGUUCAAGGAGAUUGCGGAGGCUUACGAUGUCCUGAGCGACCCCAAGAAACGAGCCGUUUACGACCAGUAUGGGGAGGAAGGUCUCAAAACUGGAGGUGGCUCUUCAGGUGGCUCAGGGAACACUUUCCACUACACCUUCCAUGGAGACCCCCAUGCCACCUUCGCAUCCUUCUUCGGAGGCUCCAACCCUUUCGACAUCUUCUUCGCUAGCAGCCGCUCCCGGAUGUUCAAUGGCUUUGACCAGGAUGACAUGGAUAUCGAAGACGACGACGACCCUUUCAGUGCCUUCGGCCGGUUUGGCUUCAAUGGCAUUAAUGGGGUUCACCGUCGGCACCAAGAGUCCCUGCACACACGGAGGAAGGUCCAAGACCCACCUGUCAUCCAUGAGCUGAAGGUGUCCCUAGAAGAGAUCUACCACGGCUCCACCAAGAGGAUGAAGAUCACCCGCAGAAGGCUCAAUGCUGACGGCCGGACCAUGCGGACUGAGGACAAGAUCCUAAACAUUGUCAUCAAACGGGGUUGGAAGGAGGGAACCAAAAUCACAUUCCCUAAAGAAGGGGACGCCACCCCGGACAACAUCCCUGCUGACAUCGUCUUCAUCCUCAAGGACAAGCCUCACUCACACUUCAAGAGGGAUGGGACAAAUGUGGUCUACACGGCAAACAUCAGUCUUAAAGAGGCCUUGUGCGGCUGCACCGUGAACAUUCCCACCAUCGACGGGCGGGUGAUCCCGCUGCCCUGCAAUGACAUCAUCAAGCCGGGGACAGUGAAGAGACUGCGUGGGGAGGGGCUGCCCUUCCCCAAGGCCCCCAGCCAGCGAGGAGACUUGAUCGUGGAGUUCAAAAUCCGCUUCCCAGACAGAAUAGCUCCCCAGACGAGACAGAUCCUGAAGCAGCACCUCCCGUGCUCCUAGAGCCCGGGGACUCUCCUCCAAGCAGCAAUACUCCAAACACAUGUGCCGCAGCACCCGCCCUGCAUGGAGCAGAGGUGCCACUGCACUUUCAAAUGCAAAAAAAAAAAAAAAAAAAAACCCAACACACCAACCACAAAAACCCCCUCACACCACU